UUCCCAGCUCUGAAAACUCACCUGUGUGUGCAGAGGAAAGCUCAAGGAUGGAGAGGCUGCUGAAGAAAUGUCAGAUCCAAAACCAGCUGAUCAGAGAGUGCAUGGCAGAAUGUCUCGGCGUCUACGUCCUGAUUCUGUUUGGAUGCGGCUCUGUUGCCCAAGUGACCACAACUGAAGAUAAAAAGGGCCAGUACCUGUCUAUCAACCUGGGUUUUGCUCUGGGAGUAACAUUUGGGGUCUUUGUCUCUCGUGGUGUCUCAGGUGCUCAUUUAAACCCUGCUGUGUCUCUGAGCAUGUGCGUUUUGGGCCGGCAUCCAUGGAUGAAACUACCUUUCUAUGUCUUCUUCCAAGUGUUGGGAGCUUUUCUAGCUGCAGCUACAGUUGCUCUGCAGUACUAUGACGCCAUCCAGGAGUACAGUGGAGGCAAUCUGACAGUGACGGGCCCCACAGCCACAGCAGGCAUAUUCUCCACCUACCCUGCUGACUACCUGAGUGUGUGGGGAGGUAUCAUGGACCAGGUGAUUGGCACAGCUGCUCUGCUGGUGUCAGUCCUGGCUCUCGGAGACCAGAAGAACACUUCCAUCCCGCAUUAUCUUCAGCCUGUCUUAGUGGGAGCAGCAGUGCUGGUCAUUGGCAUCUCAAUGGGCUCAAACAGCGGAUAUGCACUCAACCCGGCCAGAGAUUUUGGACCUCGGUUGUUCACCUACAUUGCCGGUUGGGGAGUGGAUGUUUUCAAGGCUGGUGGUGGCUGGUGGUGGGUGCCCAUAGUGGCUCCUUGUGUUGGAGCGCUGCUGGGAACACUGAUCUAUGAGCUGAUGGUUGAAGUCCACCAUCCUUGCAUACAAUCAGAGUCCCAGGACUCGUGUCCAGAGGUCACUAAUAACAAGACGGGCCUCGAGCUGGAGGCGGUGGAAACAGAUCAUGAAAAGCCAACUUAUUGAUUAAAUCAUCUAAAAGAGAGACAACACU